GUCACAGUGCGCGCCACACCGCUAUCCGACGAGGUCGUUACGCGUUCGCGGACAAAACGCCGUAUUACAUGUGCGUACUAUUACGUAUUUACAAACGCAUAUUUUUAGUGUUACAAAUAAAAUAUAAAUAAAAGUGCUGUGCUUUUGAAUUACAUUUUCUACUGUGUUAUGUGUUGGAAUUAUGACAAGUGUUUUGAAGAAAUCUAGAGGCACUAAAGGAAAAUCUGAAUCCAUGCAAGAGGAUCUGCCUUCAAGAUGGGGGGAGGUCUCCCGCGAAAAUCAGUCUGAGGAUGCCGCGAAACUGAUAAAAUGUAUCGAUGAGAACAUCAUCGGGAAAGGAAACUCUUUUUGCGGACCUUUUGGAAGGAGAAAAGUUGUGUACUGCGACUACAACGGGUCAGGGCGCGCCCUACAAUGGAUAGAGGACUACGUCGCGAGAGAUGUUCUGCCCACACAUGCGACAAGAUGCACGGGACUGUCCUACACCUCAGGACAGAGCGAGCUAUACAGAUCAGAAUCAAAGUCAAUAAUAAGACGGUUGGUGGGAGCUUGCCCUGAAGAUGUGACGGUAGUAGGAGCCACGCUGGUGAGGUUCCUCAGGGCACUGCGCCCGGAGAAGGUGGUACUGUUCGUAUCAUCGAGGGAGACGGAGAGACAGAUUUCGCCAUGGAGGGAAUAUGACACGAAGGUCAUAAAGAUCCCAGAAACGAAAGAAGGUUACAUAGACCUGAAUAAUCUGGAACAGCGACUGCAGCAGUACAGCACUACAGGACAGCGAAUGAUUGGGUUCUUCCCAGCAGCUUCUAAAUUAACAGGAGUCUUGGCUGAUGAUGUGGCCACUACACUACUCCUGCAUCAGUAUGGAGCAUGGUCCUUCUGGGAUUAUACACUGGUCGCUCCUUCAUCUGCUAUCGACAUGAAUCCCACUUUCCCUGGAGUUGAUGAGGAGAUGGUAAAGAAAGAUGCUCUCUUCUUCAAUUGUGAGAAGUUUGUUGGAGGAGUCCAGGGUCCUUGUGUUGUAAUUGUGAAGAAAGACGUAUUCGCCGAUACUCCAAUUUAUGCUGAUGAUGUUGAGGUAUUGAGUGAGAGGAUCGAGGAGUUGAAGUGUACCGAGGGUGUCAGGGCGGCGCUGGUGAUGCAGCUAAGAGAUGCAGUCGGCCUUCAGAAAAUUGUUGAGAGACAAGAUAAUAUAAGCAGACAAGUUCUUGCACACAUAAAAAAUAUACCAGAGUUAAUACUGUUGGGUAACGUAUCCCCAACAGUAAGAAGGCUUCCAAUAUUCUCACUGAUGGUGAAGCACCCUCGAGGAACGUUCCUUCACCACAACUUUAUCUGCGCAGUCCUGAAUGAUGUCUUUGGAAUCCAAGCUAGAGGUGGACUGACCAGUAACCUUAACUACGGGUCCGAUGUCCUUGGAAUCGACGCCCAACUUCUCAGAGAAUAUGAGAAACUUCUAGACGUUGAAGCUCAGAAAGAGAUCGCUCGGGUUCGAAAACUCAGUGAUGUGAAGGCACCUGAAGUCCCCAUUCACAAUGAACACCUGAGACCUGGAUUCUGCAGAGUUUCUCUACCCUUCUUUAUGUCAGAUACUGAACUGGCCUUCGUGCUCGAGGCGUUGAAGAUGGUGGCUACAGAAGGGUGGAAAAUCUUACCACAAUAUGUUGUGAACCCUGAAACAGGACAGUGGAGGCACCACACCUGUGCAGUGCUUAGGGACAGAAAGUCAUUGCACUCACUGAGGUUCAACGACGGUAAAAUGACCGCACACGAAAGGAGAAUUUCUGGUCCAGGCAUUUUCCCACAAACAUAUACCGAGACUCUACAAACAGCCAGAAAUCUAUUCAACAGAGCCAGGAAAUUGGCCAUGAAGUGCUCAACGGCUGAACCAGAGGUCACCUUUAACCCACGCAUAGACUAUCUUCGAUGGUUUAUGUUACCCAAAGAAGCCCACGACCUUCUUCUAGGUCGAUCGGGUAACGUCAAACACAUUGUGCCAUUUGACCCAUCAGGGUACACAGGAGCAAGAAAGAGCCUAAAUCUGACAAGGUCUUCCAUUACUUCAUCGCCCAUAUUGGGUUCGUCGCCAAGACAUUUCAGUCUUUCAGCCAUAGACGACUGCCAUAUAUUUAGACUAAAACAGAAAACAAAGUUCUACUCGAGAGAAUCAAGCCUACGGGAAAAUCAUAAAGAGGAAAGUGAGACACCUCCAGUACAGUUUGCUGUUGGGGAGUCUGUGUCACCACUUCGCAUGAUACCACAGAACAGACAACCUCAGUUAGUCAGGUCGAGAUGCUACAGCUUAGGGUCAGAUAGCCCACCCGUAGCACUCAGCGCACAAACAAAACUGAACCUGGGAUUGAAAGAAACCAGUCCCAACAAUAUUAUUGAAAAAUCAAACUUCUGUAACUGCGGAAGUCAAACAGACCUCCAGUCAUUAGACGACCCCAUGAUCUCACCUGGCAGGGCGUUCCCCUACAGCGCACAGAGCAGCACAUCCAUAUCUGACUGCAGCCAAGUAGGAAGAACAUCGCCGACAACUUCACUAAACUCACAGACCUCAGAAGACAUCCAGGCUUAUGUUAAAGAAAUGACCAGAGAAAUAGCAACAGAAAUAAAGUCAGAAAUACGCGAAGUCAUCUCCAAAGUAGAUGAUAUUUUAGAGAAUUCUGAUUCGCUUGAACAGUCGAAUCUUAGUAUGAACUCAAUAUCUAGUCAAAGCGAUAAGAAUUCAGUAUCAGUCAUAGAUGUAGCUGAAUAUCUCAUGGGCAUGUCACGGGAAAUGGCUUCGGAAGUGAAACACGAAAUUCGUGAAAUGGUCAAUCAGGUUGAUGAGAUGAUAUCCCCAGACUACACCGGGUCUUGCUCACGGAAGAGUUCUCCACCACAAACUGGUCGACAAAGAAUUGGUUCUGGCCCUGAGUUAGGACUGGAUCUCAAAAAGGCGCCUGCCAGUUUAAGGAAAUGUCCCACUAGUCCAGUGCUGCCUCAAUAUGACGAAGAUGAAGGGCGUUUCUGCAAGCGCUCUCCGAACACAAGUUCUCCAAAGUCUGCACAGUGUACACCGUCGCACGAAGCGUCAGGGCCUAACAGCAUAUCGUUCAAUUCAAGUGAGACUUCUACACCCGAUACGAUUAUUCAAGUAGUCACAACACAGAACUCGCCGAUCCUUCCCAAAUCGUUGAGUUCACAAAAACUGUCGGACGACGAAGCGAGUUGUACUGACGUCACUUGCAGACAUUGUUGUAUCAAGAAAAAUUGGUGCCAAAAUCCCUCAGUCAGUUCACAGGACAGCGGUAUUAAUAUGACGUUCACAGAAACAGACUCAUUCCUAGAAUUCGAUUCGACAACGAAGGCGAGAAAGUUCCAGGGCAGACUACGGAUAUGCCAGAAACAUGAGAAGAGCGAAGUGCCAGACAUUAUUGAAGGUGUGCCAGUGUGUUCUGGUGAUCACGUCCGCCAGACCAAGAGGUACGACGCCACAGACUCCAGCAGAGUGGUAUUCGCUGAAGAUCCUGAAAGACAGAAUAGAGCCACGACGGCAGUGGACUCAAAGCGCUGCAGCCGCUCCUCCAAUGCGUCCUCCAGCUGUUCUGAUAGAAGCUCUCGAUCCAGUGGCUAUGGCACUGACCAGAGGACACAUGACGAACGGUUUUAUGAUAGGAGUGAGUCCGAGUGCCGCACAUUCAAACCUCAUUGGGAGGAGGAGAGAGAGGAACACGAGGACAGCAGUGCUUGCAGCGACGCAUCACUCACAGACCUGACUCUGGAUGACGACAGCAACUGGCACUGCCCUCCCAGAGCCGUGUGGAAACCCACAGUUGAGGCCAUACACGAAUACAACAUGAUCAGGCCAGGAGAUAAGGUGCUGGUGUGUCUAUCAGGAGGCAGCAGUUCCAUUGCUCUCCUACACACCAUGCACCACUACCAGCUCUACUGCAGGGCCAAGGGCAUACACUUCAGUAUUGGAGCUCUGUUUGUACACGAAGCGAAGUCACAAGUGGAUCCCCUGCAUCUAAUGGCGUACUGUAGGACACUUGGCGUCAAAUUCAUUUACGAAGACAAGUUUGAUGAAGAUGAACCAGAAAAUGUAAUUUGCAACAACCCUUGGAGUUUAGCAGCGGAGGCGACCCGUUGGUCGUGCCGUAGUACCCGUAAGCGCGCCAUAGCUACGGCGCUGGCGCACGGCUACGGCGUAGCAGCGCUUGCGCAGCACCUAGACCGCGCCGCUACGGCCUUCGUAGCCGCCGCCCUACACGCUGGCACGCUGAGGACUUUGAAACCACAUUAUACUCUACGUGACCACGACAUCCGUAUAAUUCGUCCGUUUAUCUACGUGCGCGGGCGCGCAUUGGCUGCGUUUUCGUGCGCACGCGCACUGCCGGACUUCCGCCUCGCGCCGCAUUCUCCUGACUCACCACCAAACAGCCCCGCACAUAGCGAUGAUAAUGGGGAUAAUGGUAAAGACACUAUUUUGGACGAAACUUUAACCGAAGCAUGCAGUUCAUCAGAGAAGCGACUGACACAAGCGUCGAGUGAGGAGUUACAGGAUAAGAUACUGGCAGCCUCACUUUCAGAGCCGCUGGAGAGUGCACGGGACCUCCUGGCCUCCCAGGAGAGGAUGUACCCUUACCUCUUCACCAGCCUCAAGAGUGCGUUACGUCCUCUAUUUAAUGGCAGAGACCUGAACAAAGACCAGAAGGAACAUCGUCAUAGAAAGAAGUCGGUGAUACAAAUGAGGAAUGGAGCGCCUGUUUAUGAUUCGGAUGAGGACAGUGAGGAAGAACUGCUUCCCUAGGUGGCUGCCACCUGCCACAGCUGUCUCCCACCCAUGCCAGGGUGUCUUCUACUCUAAUGUGCCAGAUGCCAAACUAGCCAAAAGGUUCAAAAAUAUCCAAGUUCAGCUACACGGAGUAAUAAAAAAUGAAGUAAUCGACCAACUUAUAAGUAAUUAUUAUUGAC